UUUAUUUCUGUCCUUAAAGAGUAAAAAGAAAAAAGCUUAGGCAGCUGUUUAAUCGCGGUGCCCACUGGUGUGGGUGAGAGGCUUGGCAGAGCUAUUAAAGCUAUUUUGAAAGUGACCCUUGGGCUUAACUACAUUCAGAAAGAGAGAGGGGAGAGAGGAGGGAGCAGCUGUUUGGAACCAUGACUGAAGAUGACGGAUUCGGUUGUGGUGGAGGGUCAAGUCAGAUUGAGAGAUGGAAAAAAGUGGAAGAAUAGGUGGGUGCUGCUCAGAAAGCCUUCCCCUGUGGCAGAUUGCUUGCUGAUGUUGGUGUACAAAGACAAGUCAGAUAGGACGAAGGGGCACAAAGAGAAGGCCAGCAUCACCCUGGAAGACAUCUGCGGCUUGGACGCUGGGCUCUCAUAUGAGGGCAUGAGCCAGACUCUUGCCAUUAUCUGUUUCUCACAAGUCGUUAUGCUGGGGUUUGACAAUAGGGAAAUUAUGAAUGCCUGGGAUGUACGGAUACGAUACAGCUUAGGAGAAGUGCACAGAUUUCAUGUUGGAGUGUUGCCUGGCACCAAGUUAGAAAGUGGACCUGCUACUCUGCACUUGUGCAAUGAUAUCUUAGUCCUCGCAAGAGACCUUCCACCUGUUGUGAUUGGUCAGUGGAAGCUCUCAGACCUGAGACGCUAUGGAGCUGUGGCGAAUGGCUUUGUCUUUGAGGGCGGAACACGGUGCGGCUACUGGGCCGGCGUGUUCUUCCUGUCUUGUACAGAAGGCGAUCAGAUCAGCUUCCUCUUUGACUGCAUUGUCCGUGGCAUCUCACCAACAAAGGGACCGUUCGGGCUGCGCCCUGUCCUCCCAGAUCCGAAUUUAAAUCCUGCAUACAUGGAGGAAAGGGUGGCCCACGAGACUCUGCAGCUGGAGAAACGACUCAGCUUGUUAUCUCAUCAUAGCCUGGGAGGAGAUGACAGAAGUUUGUCCAGCUCCUCUUCGGAAGCCAGCCAUUCAGAUGCCAGUGCGGGAAGCAGACUGACAAUUUGGGCCGAUCCGUCAUCAUCAUCUGCCAGCACCUCUGCCGACUGCCACGGUAUGGCUGCAGCCAAAGGCAUUCACCUCGGAGAAGACAAAGCGUACGCCGAAGCCCUUCGUGUUUCCAAGCCUCCCCCUAAGCCUGCACCAUCUAGACAUUUGCAGGAAAUAGGCCGCCAGAGCUCCUCCGACAGCGGCAUAGCCACGGGUAGUCACUCCUCGUACUCUGGGAGCUUCUCUUCCUAUGCCGAGAGCCUGGACAUUUGCCAUGGUGAGGAGUUUGGGUCAUUGCUUAGUCUUCCAUUGACCAUGGCUACAGAUCAGAAUCUAUGCACGUGCCAGCAUGCUGAUCCGCAGAGAGGGUCUGAGUACCAGAUCCCUGCCUCUGUCAGACAUCUAUACGACACACCUCGAAGUGUAUUACAGGCAGCUGCUAGAGAAACUCAGUACAAGAGUUCAGAUUCCACAUUACCCAAGGACCAGGCACAAGGAACUCAGAGCAGUAGUGAUGCUAAGCUGCUGAUACCCCAUGUGGAAGCUACAACCUCCUCUUUACUCCAAGAAAGCAAAGACUCAAGCGAUGAGACGUAUGUGGAUUUUGUUCCAAAGUGGACAGCUACAAAAGUACAAUCGCCAGGCGUGGAACCAAAAGGAAGCGACUUGGCAUCUGCAGGGACAAGUGAUACUUGUGAAAUUUGUAGCCCUCAGCCCGGUAUUACAAGAGCCCUUUUCUCAGCUUGCCCAGUAUGUGGGGGGCUAAAGGGAGCUACAGGCCCGCAUCCAAGAGCUUUACCCACAUCACAUUUGCAAGGUGCCCCCUCUGCCUCGGCGUCAGGAGCCCCCAGACCUCACAAAGGGCCGGCCAUGUUAGUUCUCACUGCAGGGGCAGCAGAUUAUCCAGACGACUCACAGUUUUCUGACCGACCUCGCAGUGAGACAGCAACUUAUGUAAAUAUUCCUAUCAGCCCUACAUCAAAGAAACAGCUCCAUUACAUGGCAUUAGAACUUCAAGAUCCUAGUACAGGAAUAAGAGGAGGGGGCUCCACCAAGUACGCUCAGAUAGACAUUACCGCCACCGAGACGGCACAUAAAGUGGGAUCUCAGCAUGCUCAGUCCAGAGAGGAACGUCUGCAGGAACUGGAACAGAAAAGGAAAGGAAGUCAGCAGUGAUAUGAUGAGAAGAGAUGUGUUCACCUUUAGCUCUGGUGCAGAGAACCACAGUCCUCUUAGUACUGGGAGAGCUGGUUCUACCAUAAGGUGCAUGCAUAUACAAUGGCCUACAUCGGGCCAAAUUUGGUGCAAUGACUCAGUAAGUUUCAUAGAGUACUGGAAUCUUAUAAGGCCGAUGGUCCUCUUAGGAUGACUUUUAGCAAGGAUGGAAUUACAUUGUAGUUUGAUGGCACAGGGGUCAUUCCAAAACUGAUAUACCCUCCUGGAAACAGUCAGAAUGGUCUGGUAUAAGUAAAUGCCCUUUGGAUCUUGAGAUGGAAUUAGACAGAAGUGAUCUAUAAUUUAAUUUCACAUUGAUUUUGUUUCCCCUUACAAAAUGUCAAUAUGGUUUUGUAUGCAUAGCUACUAUAGUGUAUUUACUAUUUAUUUGUUUUUGUCAACUUGUAUUAUUUAACUUUAUUUGCAUAUAAUAAUUUUAUACAUGAAGGUGUUCUGCAACAUACCUCCUCAGUUUUAUUGUCUUACAUAUAGUACUCUUUUUGUAGUAAAACACAAAUGAUUUCCGUACUAUUGUAUUCAUUAAUUAAUAUCAUAUUUCCUGGGGCAUUUAUGUACAGUAUCAGUAUUUGGUACAUUUUUAACAUUUAACAGUUCUUUUUGAGUACACAUGACUUUAUAUGGUUUUAACACAGGAAAGUUUUUUUUUUCUACUGUGUUCUGGUGUUGCAUGUAUGUAAAUAAUAAACAAUAACGUAGCGGGAAAUUGCAUAUUAUUAUACUGUGAUAUGAGGAAUGUAAUAAUUAAAACACAAAUAUUUCAAUCGUAGAGGUUUUCUGUGUAAAUAAAAUCCCUAAGGGGAAACGUAUGAAA